AUGAGGGUGGAGGAGGGGGAUGUCCUGGCCUAUCAACAUGACUCUGCAACCUGGCCAGGCGUCCUCUGUCAGAAUAACUCCACCUCCAGGUGGAGGCAGACCAUGUUCAGCUGGAAAUCUGUGGGCUGGGCAGUUGUAGGUGAUGUGAUCAGCGUGCCCACUACUCUGUCAGCGCAGGACAACCUGGUGUGUUACCUGCGUGCUAGGUUUUCCCCACCUUUCACAGUCCAUGUGCCACAGUCUAUGUCUUACCUGAGGCGUCCAGGUGCAUACAGGUAUAGUGUGGAGAUUACAGGUGAUGUUACGGCGAGGUCAGUCAACUGCCAGGUGACAGCUGAGGAUCCUGUCAGUGGACUCACCCUGAUCCAGCCAAGUAUUGUGGGACCAGGGGUCAGCCCAGGGUCUGUAGGAACUGUACCUGUAGAGUGGAGAGUAGAGACAGACAUUGUCAUCAAGGUCUCUCACGGGUCCCAUCUCUCUGCCUACUGGAGCCACAUUGGUUUGAGUUUCCCGUUUACAGACUCCUGCCCCCUUAGAUUGACCUCUCUAGCUGCGUGUUUCUCCAACAGCUCCUCAGCGGAAAAACCAUUCUCUUCCAUAAAGCUGAAGCUUGACACAAAUAGCCCAGUCUCGAGCCUCACUGUGUCUGUGAGCAAUAACAUCAGUUCAGAGCAGCUCACUGUUGACCUGUCCAAAGCUUUCAGGAUCCGUGGUCUACGUGUCAGCCUUCACCAAACUCAAGUCCAUGUGUUAAGUGAUGAUGGCGACAUUGUCGUUCCAGCCAGUGAGAAGGUUCGUUUUCGAGCAACUCUUAUUCAGGGCUCUUCAGUGAAGUACAGGUGGAAGGUGAAUGGAAAUAUUCAGCAUACCAGCAGCCAAAGUAACAGGUUUACUCAUAUCUUCACUACUACAGGUGGACAGAUUGUACAGGUGGAUGCUUCUAAUGUUCUGAGUAAAGAGAUGAAUCAGCUCCACAUCAUAACAGUUCAGCCCGCAAAGUUCCAUGAUGCUAGGUUCUCAAAGUUUGCGGACUUCAUUGAGAAGAGCACACAGGCAGAGAUGACCGUUGUUGUUGAUGUUAGAGUGGGUGCAAAUGUGACUGUUGUAAAGAAGGUGGGCGAUGGUGUUGCUUUGACAGAGUCAUUGAUAACGAACGACACCAGCCUGGUUCAACAUUUUAGUCAAUUUUAUACAACACCAGGUGUGUUUGAAGUUACUGUGACAUUUUCUGACAUUUUUCAGUCAGUGUCAACCUCCAGGAAUCUCACCAUUAUUAACCCUAUGUCAGGUGUUCUGGUCUCUGCUAAGGAAGACAUACUACCUGUGUCCUUGAAUGCACAGCUGCAACUAGUUGUCCCAGGACAGAACCUGGGUUACAUCACUCACACAUGGACAUUUGGAGAUGGGAUUUCUAUGAAUUCUAGUGGAACCAAUGCUCUGAUACGGCACAAGUUCAGCUCAGCCGGCUCUUACACAGUUAGAGUGGUUGUGUCAAAUGGUGUGAGAUCUGUCCUGGAAUCUUUAAACAUCACAGUUGAGGAAGCAAUUAUAGGCUUAUCUUUGAGUUAUGAUGGCCCUAAAUCAAGUCAGUCUGUGGUGUACUUCACCCUGGAAAUGCAAAGCGGGAGUGACGUUAGAUUUAGCAUUAAUACAGGGGAUGGGACAGUGUACAACUUAACAAUGCUCACCUUUAAUCACCAGUUCUCAGGGCCAGGUGUCUAUAAUGUAACUGUGUCAGCCUGGAAUCAGGUGAGUUCAGCCUCCACUGCCCUGCUGGUGUAUGCGAUGGGAGCAGAUAUGUUGGAGGUUGUGUCUGUACAAACCCCAGGAUGUACAGCUUUAGGAAGCAGCGUCAACCUAACAGCUGAAGUGAUCAACACUGUCCCAGUCCCUCUGUUUUACACCUGGAUAUUCGGUGAUCAAACAACCCAGCUGACUCAGGACAAAGACACUGUCACUCACCUGUACGGCACGCCAGGUGUCUUUACUGUUCAGGUGUAUGUUAACAAUACUGUUAAGACAAAGUCUGCAUCAGCUGAAGUUUGUAUUCAGGAGGAGAUAACUGCACUCAGCUUAUCCAGACUUAGCCCCUUGGCUCUCAGACAUGAUGGCCAGGUUACAGGUAGGGUAUCAGCAAGUGUUGGGACUGGAUCUAACAUCACCUACAGCUGGCAGGCGACAACUGACCCCUCAGGGAGUAUUGUGGGUGUGCCAUGUAACCAGUGUGAGGAUGUCUACUCCUUCACCUUUGAUUUACCUGGGGAAUAUGAGAUCUUGGUGACGGCCUCUAAUAACAUCAGCUCCUUGACAGCAAAGACUAGAGUCAGAGUCCAGGAAAUCAUUGAGGGUGUCUUGUUAAGCUGUCAGAACUGUAAAGACAUUGUUUACUUAGGCAGCACCGGCUCUGCUACGCAGGUGGAGCUAAUUGCCAGUAUUCUUCAUGGGACCAGUGUGGAGUAUUCGUGGACAGUUGAUUCUGGCAGUCCUGUCAUUUCUGUAGGUAACCAGUAUACAGCUGUGUUGUCUGACGUCCGGUCCUACACAGCCGCAGUGGUUGUGUCCAAUGAUGUAAGUACCCUGAAUGACUCCAUCAUUGUUCAGGUGCAGGAGGCCGUGACAGGCCUGCACAUCGAUGUCAGCACCACUGAGGUGGUCGUAGGUCAGCCAAUAACCUUCCACGCUCUGUAUUCCACCGGAUCUGAUCUGACCUUUAGUUGGUUUCUCUGCCAAGACUGUUUCAAUGCCACAUCUACAAGCCAGGCAUACACUCAUCAGUUUACACAGAGUGGCAUCUAUGAUGUCUCCCUUGUGGCUUGGAAUGGUGUCAAUGAAGCUCUUGCUUCCCUGCGAGUGUAUUGCAUUGACACUAUUUCUGAUGUUGUUAUGGAGAGCGAUUUGACUGGGCCAUUUGUACCAACAGGCGAGCUUGUAGAAUUCAGCGCGUCCGUGAAGGAACAGGUGAAGGUUAACAUCACCUGGGACAUUGAGUUACACAAUUUCCCAAUCCUGACUCAGGCAGGAUGGAACUGCUCUUAUGACUUCCCAGUGGCAGGAAUUUAUACCAUAUUUCUGACUGCCACCAAUCCUCUUUCAAGUGGAGGUACCUGUCUUACACUUACUGCUCAGGAAAAAAUUCAUGACUUUAAAAUAGAUGUUUUGAAUCCAAUACUUUCGACGGAUGAAGAAGUUAAUAUUACUGUAACUAAGUCUGCAGGAACUGACAUCCUGUAUAAAUGGAGCGUUAUGAAUGGCUCAGGAGAAUGGAAUUUACAAUCAUCUUCAGGGUUUAUUGUUAUUCAGCUGAGUGCUCCUGGACCACAGCAACUGAGGUGUGAGGCAGUGAACAAUGUCAGCAGAGCUGUGGAUUAUGUAGAUGUAACUGUCCAGGUUCCUAUAUCAGAGGUAGUCAUUGACAAUCCUGACCAACAAGUUAUCCAAUCCGAAAGCCAGUUGUUUUUUCAGGCAACAAUUGGUAGGGGGAGCCAUUUGUCAUACCAAUGGUUUCUCAAUGACACAAGCAGAGAACUGUCUCAGGCUUCCCAUUUCACUCAUAUGUUCCAGACAGCUGGAACCUUCCGGCUUAUACUCCGAGUUCACAAUGGCAUAAGUGACAUAUCAGUAUCAAAGACAAUCAUAGUGCAAGAUGCAGUCAAGGAUUUGGUUAUUUUGACAAGUGCCAACAUUGCAGAAACAGGACAGGCUGUGCAUUUCAAUGCUUCCAUGUCUGCAGGGUCGUCUGUUAACUUUGUUUGGACAUUUGGGGAUAGAGGAAGCCCAUUAACUUCAGCAGGUCACACAGUGACUCACAGGUACACGUUCCCUGAUGUGUAUACUAUCCACCUUACAGCAUCAAACAAUGUGAGUUCAGAGACAAAUAUAUUGACUUUACCUGUCCAGGAUCGUGUGGAAAAGCUAUACAUGACAAACUGUUGUGGCCGGGUAGUUCCUGCACUGUCAGAUCUAAAUUUUACUGCAGCAGUAAUGAAAGGAACCAAUGUGACAUACACCAUAAAAGUUUUGGAUUGGACAAGCAGUACCAUCUGCCAGUCAGAAAGUAAACAACUUUCCUGUGUCUUUCCAAGAUCUGGUGUUUUUACUUUGAAAGUUUCUGCUCACAACAAUGUCAGUGAUGAUAAGCGACUUUAUGUUGUCAAUGUAGAGACACCUCUAGAAAACAUUGACGUUCAGCCAGAUGGGCCAGGGUGGGAUUUCCUGUUCCAGAACCAACCAAUCACAUUCAAGGUCAUAGGCCAAGGUGUGGGUGAGUCCCACUCCUUCGAGUGGCAGGUGAAUGAUUCUAGUCUUUUCACUAUCGAGCCUAAGCUCAAUUAUGUCUUCUCUAAUCAAGGUGUAUUCCGCUUGAAGGUGAAAGUUUGGAACAGCAUUAGCUCUGCAAUAUUCAACACAACGUCUAUCAUCCACAAAUUCAUGUGUGAAAUGCCCAUUGUGGACAGGGUUGGACAACCCAACAGGAUUUCCACUCCUUCUAGGGCCGUGGAGUUUGAGGCUGUUGUAGAUUCCAGAGGGUGUUUGUAUUACGCAGCUGUUCACCAAUGGCAGGUGUAUACAGGGCUAUGUCAGGGUACACCUUCCUCACAGGCUUACCUGCCUUCAUCUGUGUAUACUAGAGGACUUCUGUUAAGGAUCCCGAGACAAGUGCUAUCAGCAGAUAUAUACUGUGUCCAGUUUACCAGUGGUUACAAACAAACUGUGGUCAAACAGAAGCUUAGCUAUACCCUCACCUUGCGACCCUCCCCCUUUGUGGCCAUCAUCAAAGGAGGCAGUGAGGUUGUGUUACCUGGCAGUCAGCCCGUUACCCUGGAUGGCUCUAUGUCCUAUGAUCCAGAUGUUCAGGAAGGCAAGAGAUCUCACAUGAUGUACACCUGGAACUGCUCCUCUGUCUCCCUUCAGACUGGCACUGUGGAAAAGAAUUGCUUUCCGCAGACAAGAGGAAAGCGUAUCGAGUUGGAUGAAAGCCUAUUUCUCCUGGAUAGAGUCUAUACUAUCACACUGACAGUGUCUUUGUUCAACUGUGUUCCUGGCAGUGACUGCCGUGUGGCACAUGCUCAACAGAAGAUUGAGAUUAGCCCUGAUCCCGUCCCGACUGUCAGCAUUGACUGUUUGUCAUGUCGAGCCACGAACAGUUUCCAAAUCAGUCCUAGUCAGCAUGUGGCCUUACGGGGCCAGUGUACAGACUGUCACAGAGCAGACAACGUGCAAUAUUUGUGGACAGCGAUGUAUGGGGAUAACAACCAAUCAGUCGCCAGGAAAUCCUUGGUGCUAAACUCUUCUACCACAACAACAGGUGCUAACGUAUCAGACCUUGUGAUUCGUAGAGGUGUUCUGAAGGACAUCCAUUCUUACACCUUCCAACUGGACGUAACCAAGUCUGUGGGAUCCACACAUCUGCGAGGUGAAGCUCGCCUCACUCUUGGCCCAAACCACCCCCCUGUAGGAGGAACAUGCUCCUUAUACCCGGCUCACCCUCACAUUGUCCCCCUCGAGUCUGUGGUCACGGUGGAAUGUCAGGGCUGGGGGGAUCAGGACCCAGGCAAGUCUGCCAUCCUGUACCGCGUGAGUGCUGAGAGACAGCUGGCCUCUGGGAAGAUGGAACAGUGUGUGCUGUACCAGGGCACCAUGAGGAACCAGAGUGUCUAUGUGUCUAACUGGCCGGACAGUGUGGGUGGCAGCCCUGUCACCCUCAGGGUAGAUGUACAAGAUGAACAGGGAGCCUCUACCCUUGGACUCAAGAGUCAAAUCUGGUUGCUGUCCCCUCUGCUGAAGCCUAAUGAGAGUUUGUCUGAACACAUCACUACCCUAGCCUUGUCCCACCUGAGAUGGCUGGUGAAACUGCACCGGCCCGUGGCCCUCCUCCAGUACUCUAUAGCUGUUUUGAUGGAGCUGAAUCGGGCAUCCAUGCUAGCCUUACAGACGGGCUCCUCUGACACUGACACCCAGAGACGAGGAGAAGUGAGGGAGGCCAUCACCACAGCCCUCAGUCACAUUCCUAUAGAAACCAUGCAAGACAUACAACAGGUGGCUUAUGCUCUGAAACAAGUGUCUAUGUACGAGAAUGAGGUCCAGGGAGAGAGUAGUCACUCAAUGAUCCAUUCCCUGAUGAAGAGGGUUCUUGACAAUGUCAAGGCCAAGGUGAAGCAGGGCCUGGAUUGUGAGGACUUUGCUCCAGGUCAUUUGCUGCUGGCUGUUUCCAAUCUGGUGAGAGCGAUGAACCUUCACAGCACUUCCUCAGUUCCCCAGGGUUCUGCUGCCGCAGCUCCCAGUAUCAAUCUGAAGGACUUCCAGUUGCCCUGGACAGAUAAUGACACAUCUCAAGGUAGUGAUGAGCUUCAACAGGCAGACCUAGUGACAGAUGCUGUAGGCUUCACAGAGAUGAUCAUGUCCACAGUUCUGCAGACACAGCUGCAGAGUGAGCAGCUGUCUGCUUUACACAUGGGGGACAUCCACCUGCUAGGGCAGCGGACUGUACCGGCGGCCAUAUGGAGAGAGCGGGGAACUGCUGGCUGUCAGUUCCUGCUCCCACCCUCUCUGCUGGCCCACCUACCUAAUAAUGAGGAAAUCUUCCAGAUAAUGUUUGUCAUGCCCGACAACCCCUUCCCAUGGGGCUACCUGGACAACUUUACUAUAACAUCUCAGGUGCCGUCUCUGACCUUCCAGUACAGUAAUGGCUCUCUGAUACCCGUCAGGAGUCUGCCUGAGGGGGAAGAGAUCCAAGUUUUGAUGUAUGGGAGAGGGGUAGCCCCUGAACAGGACGAUAAAGACACAUUUACCACAAUGCUGGACACAAACUCUCAGUACUUAAUGAACAUGACUAAUAUCACCAUAGAGCCUGGCAAGGCCACGAGAGUGCUGCUGGAUACAUCUUCAGUUAGUGAGACCACUAGGUCAGCUCUCCACGUUCAGGUACGCUUUUCCCUGCUGUCAGACCCCGGCUUGCACACUAACCUGUCUGUCAGCACCACUGUGUUCCUGGGGGUGGGGUAUGAGGCAUCAGAAAAGAGGUAUGAAGAGAAAAAGGUACUGACUGAGGACAUGAUGGAAGAUGAACAGGAUCACCGCCAAUUUACAUUCUUUGUUGGAACGAGCUCAUUCCAGCCACAGUCUCACUACUCUCUGACUGUGUUGAACCCCUCUGAGGAUGUCAGUAUCGAGGUGUAUGUCCAUCUAUAUUUGUCCAGCUGUCAGUAUUUUGACCCAGUCAGCCAGCACUGGGAGAGUAAGGGGUGUGUGGUAGGCGACAGGUCUACCCCCAUAGUUACAGUCUGUAUGUGCAACCAUCUCACCUCCUUUGGAGCGAGUGCCCUUGUGCCUCCUAAUGCCAUAGACUUUGCAGAUCUAGCGAGACUAGAUGUGGCAAACAAUCCUGUGGCCCUGAUCACUUGCAGCAUCCUGCUGGCAUCCUACAUCCUUCUGGUAAUCAUCUGUAGACGGCAGGAUCUCAAGGAUCUAAAGCGAAUCUCUAGGGUUCCUCUCUGUGGUAUUGACGGAGCCUUCAAGUAUGAGGUCACCGUGGUAACGGGACGUCAAAUGAGUGCAGGUACCACAGCCCACAUUGGUAUAAAGCUGUACGGUGAGGAGGGAAGGAGUGCAGUCCGUCAUCUGUGUAAGCAGGGCGCAUUUCAGCGCAACUGUCAGGACACAUUCCUGGUGGCUCAUGACACAAACCUGGGAAAGCUGUGGAAAGUUGUUAUCUGGCAUGACAAUGCAGGCCUGUCCCCGUCCUGGUACCUGAUUCAGGUAGUGGUUAGGGAUCUGCAGACUGACCACAGGUACCUGUUCCUCGGGGAGUGCUGGCUCUCCCUGCAGCUUCACAAUGGCUUCAUACAGAAGGAGAUGAUCGAUAACCAAGAUAUAGCAAGCAAAAAUACUCACAUAGGGAAAAUCAAACGGGCUGCCAUGCUCCCAAGGUUAACCAAUCAUGGGCGAGAUAUUUCUAUCACCCGAGAAGGCAUCUAUUCCACUGUGACGUCACCCGUUUAUCCUCACCAACAGUCCAAGUUUUCUGACCUGUGUUGGUCAGCUAUGAGUCGUGGGUUCUCUGACCAGCAUUUGUGGGUCUCACUGAUUGACCGCCCAGCCCAGAGCCGCUUCACUCGCACCCAGAGGCUCACCUGCUGCUUCACUCUGCUUUUCACCUACCUUGCCGUCAACAUCAUGUGGUAUGGGGUAAUCAAGACUGCUCCCAGCCCAGGGGCCAGGGGGACGUGGAAUUACCUGUCCUGGGAGGAGAUUGUGGUGGGGACAGUCUCCAGUCUACUUGUCUUCCCUGUCAACAUACUGAUAGCUUACAUCUUCAGGAAAACGCGUUCUAAGGAGAAUAUGUUUGAGUACAGUCAGAAGCCACAGACAGCUCAGACUGUAGAAAUGGACGCUGACUGUGGCCUGUCUGAUCAGAGCAGCUCCCUGAGGAGGGUCAGUCUCAGACAUGAGCUAACACAGUUCUAUGACAGAGAAAGCAGCUGUGACUCCUUGGCAAUGACUACCAUAAAGCCAUUACGGAGGACUAACACCUUACCCAAACUUCCCAGUGAAGACAGUCAAGACAGUCUCUAUAACCAGGGUGCUGACAGUGACAGUGGAGUAAGCAGUUCAAGGCCCAAGGGUCAGACAUCAAGUAUGGAUAGCAGGAAAGCGUGGUGGUCACAUGACAGCAUCAUUAACCACUGGCCUGUCAUGCCAGAGUUUAAAUGUGGCGGAGAGUUUACUAAACGACCCGCAGAGGCUUCGAAAGCGGCUGUAGUGGAAGCUUCACUUAGAAUUUCAGGCAUUAAGGUGGAUGAUGUAGACAGCGAUGAUGGCUGGUCAAGCUGUUUGGAUGAUCUUGACACAGAAGAUACGGUCAAAGACGCUAAACAGAAAACUGCCAAGUUUUCACAGAAACAGUCUGAUGGAGAGGACUGGUCACUGGAUGACAAAGAACAGUGGGAGAAAAUUGAGGCUGAGAUUUUCAGUGAGGAAUUACCAAAGAAAAAGAAACCAGUGGGUGAGGUGAAAGGAAAGGCUCAACCUCAAUGUGGACAUAAAGGAAGCUGUAAAGUGGAAGAAACUAGUUUCAUUUCCAAGAAGUUCACACCCAGAGCUGAGGCUUCUCUCACGACUGGCUCCACCUGCAGGAGGCGUUCUGUCGGUGGAUCAGCAGGGGAGGCAACUCAACAUGAGCCGAGAAAAUGCUCCAUCAACAGCCAGAGAGAAAACUCGUUUGACCGUAUGUCAGUGGAAGCAAAUAUCCUGUUUGGAAGAGAGAGAGACAGAACUGUUAGCUCUAUACAGGCUCGCAGAGGCACAUUAAAGGAUCGUAAGAUGUCUGUAGCAUCUCGUCUGUCAUACCGCCUGAACAGGAUGUUGUUGCCGCGCUGGUGUGUGUAUGUGGCAUACGGAAUGUGUGUUGUCAUCUCCUCUGUCUCAGUGCUUCUAAUCCUGCUCUAUGCCAAUCAGUUAGGCUCAGAAGGAACCUGGCGAUGGAUUAUCUCCCUUGUCAUUUCCUUCCUUCUGUCUGCUUUCUUCAUGGAACCACUCAAGGUGAUAUUUCUGGCUGUGUUUGUCGCUGCUGUGACUAAGCAGAUAGAUGAAGUAGAAGAUGAUGAUGCCAUAGAAAUACGACCCAUGAUCGAAACAAACGAGAGGCUGAAGGAUGUAAAAUUCAAACCCCUUGGUGGCUAUGCUUUGCUACAAGCAAAAGAAGAUGCCCGGAAAAUCAGCAGAAUGCACCUUCUGAUGCGACAAUGCUUGGCGUACUUCUGUUUGUUGUGGAUUAUCGUAGUUAUCUCCCAUGGCAGCUAUAAUAACAGCAUGCACCAGCUGUCUCGGCAAAUACGACGGACAUAUACACAGACAAACUUUAAUGGAAGCCAAAGAUUCACCACUAUUGACAGUAUCACAACUUUCUGGCAGUGGAGCACUGAAAUACUGGCUUCGAAAAUCCAUCAACAUGGCGUGUCUGACCCUAAUCUGAUCCUAGGUCCUGUCAGGCUCAUGCAAACCAGGAGUAUUCAAACUACAUGCCCAGCCGCAGGGCAUUGGCCAGGGUCUAUCCUUGACAGCAGUGGGUGGGGUCAGUGUGAUGAAGCCACAGAGUCUGGAGAGGAUACCCAGUCCUAUGGAGAAGGGUGGCGGAGGACAUUCCUCCAGGUGGAUGGGAGUGUCAAUGUUACAGACCCACAGGAUACCAGUACCACAUUUCCAUGGAACCCUACAAAUACAACAGGCCUAGAAGAUUUCUCUUCACAUACAGCUUGGACACACAGGACAGCUGAGGAUUUACAAGAGGGUGGUGUAAGUGGUGUGAUCAGCUGGUACAGUGGGGGAGGGUACUCCCAGAUAUUGGGCAGCACUGAGACUGAGACACAAGACAUCCUCACCUACCUCCAGGAUACAGGCUGGCUUACCCCCAGAACCCGGGCCAUUAUGGUGGAGUGGACAAUGUGGAAUCCCUCCCAGGACCUCACCAGUGUUGUCUUACUCACAGUGGAGUUUCCUCUCACAGGUAAAGCCAUCACGUCUGUGGAGAUGGAGAUUAACCAGCUGUUGAGGGUAGGGGAAGGGGCUGUAGACCCACAACUGGUCUGCCAGAUCAUUCUGCUGGUUGUGUCUGUGUACUUUGUGGUACAGUGUUGCCUCACUGUGAAGACUCACGGCUGCCAGACCUUCACCAGGUUGGGCUACGUAAUGGAGAUGCUCACCACAGCACUGAUACUGGUCUCCGGGGGUCUGUACGUCACCUGUGUGGCCACGACUGCUAGUACACUCAGUCAGCAUUUCAACAAUACCAGCCGCUUUACCAGCUUCAGGAGAACAGCCUACUUACACUGGUGGAGUAGACAGAUCAAUGCUUGGCUAGGAUUUCUCAUUUUACUUAAAAUUGUGAAACAACUCAGGUUCUCCAAAAGUAUGUCUGUGUUUGAGAAGACGUUGAGUGCUGCCUGUUGGAAACUCCUGGGCGCCCUUGUUCUGUUUGUACUGCUUCUGUGCACUUAUGCUCAUGUGGGAUACCUGCUGUUUGGAAGAUCAGUGUUUGGUUACCACUCCUUUGCGGCUUGCCUGGUGAGCAUGGUUGGCAUGAUCCGAGGCAGCAUGGAUUACACGCCACUGUUACAUGAGCAGCCAGUCUGGACACACCUGUACCUGUUCUCAUUUGGCUGGUGUGUUUUUGGCCUCAUCUUCUCACUGGUACUCGCCGUCCUACGUGACACUUACAAACUCACCCACUCUCAGAUGUUCUACAAACUUACCCUGGAUAUUCACGACUAUGAGAUGAUUGAGUUCAUGCUGAAGAGGUUCAAGCAGUGGGCUGGAAUCAUCAAACCUAAAGCAGCCUUCAAAAAGGUAAAAUUUGCUGGUUUGCCGUCCUUGUCAAGUCAUAGCACCUUCUCUGCCCCGUCCAACUACAGCCACUCGUCCUCUAGCUCAGACUCGUAUGGACUGGAGGGUGGGGAUGGAUGCCUAUCUGUUGGGCAGGGUCUAGAUAUUCACCUGGAUCAGUUACCUGCCAGGUGGGAGGAUGUUCUGAUGAAGAUCAGACAGCUUGAGGAGAUGGACCACCAUGAGGAGGCCAUGAGUCAACAGAUUAGAACUAUUAUCACAGAGAGGAGGCCCAGCAGCUCACAGGGCGCGAAAACCAAUCAGCCUAACCCGACUGGCAAGCCGCCUAAAGGACUACGAGCCAGAUCAAUGAGUGAUACCAAAGGGUUGCUGCAUUUUUCCCGACGUGGAUCCAAGAGUGGACGUAAGUCUGUGAGCCCACCAGCUUCAAACCAACAGCGCUCAGUGGCCAAGCGCCCCCACAGCGAUCAGAGUGCCAGAGUUGAAAGUAACCCAGACAAUCUUGAACACAAAAAAUCUAGUUUUAUCUCGCGUAUAUUUAAGAAGGCAUGGUAAGUUUGAGUCUUCAAACCCAGAAAGAAGACUUCUAGUAUAAUUUUGAUUUGUGUUACAACUGAAAUUGGUAAUUUCCAAGAGGCAAGAUUGACAACAAAAAUCUUGAAAUACUAUACAGAUAUGUUUGUAUUUUUCUACUGUGAGGUUUAACUAUUUUAUUUGAUGUUCAUUGCAUAUCUUUCUACAUACCAGAACAGAAAGAAUCCGUCCAGUGUAAACAUUUAUUUUAGACAUAUAUUCAUCGAGCCAAUACCUGUGCUAUAUAUUUGUAGGUGAAGGAGUUGUGCCAUGUACAAAGAUAUACACAUUGUAAUUGAAGUGUUAGUUUUUGAAGGUGCUAUUGGCAGGUACCGAUGUACUUGCACACUUAUCGACCAGCCUUAAGAUUAUUAUUCUGUGAUACUUCUAGUACAGGGUGACCAUAGAGGAUUUUAGUCAAGUGCCAUUGUGAUUUUAGUUGUGCUGAAAAAUCUGCUGGUCAGAUCAUGUUUUUUUUAUGAUAAUUUAUCAGUGUGUACAAGUAUGCCGUCCUGAUAAUGCAAAUUCAUCGGUUACAUGUGCUAGUACUUAAUUAUAUUGUAGGCAUGAGGUCAAUACUUGUGAUUAAAUAAAUCAUCAAAUGGAAACUGAUGAAAUAAAAUUUGCCAUAGAGUGCUGUAAAUGUGAAGUUAAAUGAAAGUGCUAUAUAUGUAAUUCAAGAUAGUGAAACAUUCUUAUUAUUAAACAUAGUUGUUUUCCCUUUUGUACAUAGGCCUAUAUAUCAUGAAUUAUGAAUAUAUGCUCAUGAAUAUAUCUUCACAUGCUGCUGAAAAAAUGAUCAGAGAUAACCCUGUUUACACUUAUGCAUUAUUGUGAUAUGACAGUCAACACUAAGUCUAUAUUAAGUACAUGUUUCUGCACAUUCUUUGUUUCCACCAUGGUGUUAAUGUAAUUUUCAUGUAAUUUUAAUGUAAUUCAUUCGCACACCUGUUUUAUCUGUGGUGGACAAAGAGAUUUUAGUGAAGAAUGUUACUGUUAUUUAAGUUUAGGUGUACCUUAUAUUGUUUCUUUCUGGAAGAUAAGGAUUUUGUACUUAUUUACCAUCAGGUCACUGACAUUUCGCUGAUUGAGGCUAAAAGCAGAACGGAUGCGUUACAAAUUUUCUUUAAUGUCACAUCCCGUUAUAAUUAAUGUGAUAUGAUUUAUUGUUAUACAUGUUUAUGGUUAAUAUUAAUUGUUAUUAAAAUGUUUAAUGACACACUUGUAAUAAUUUCUAAAACGUCCAGUAGCCUAGUCGUACGUUUAAAAUAAUGUACAUACCUGAAGUUUAUUAACCUACUCAAAAUGUUAAUUAGAAAUUUUGAUUCAUACAGAUUCUGAUAAUGUUUCACAUGACUUACGUUUAUCUGUGUUUAACUGUACAUUUUAUCUACAUCUGUAUACAUCUUAGGGAUCGUUUUUGUUGUUUUUUUUGUUCACGUUAUGUUGAAUGCCCAGUAUUUUUCUCUUUGGUAAUACCAGAUUUUUUGGACGUUAUUGAUUAUCUUUUUAUUUUUGUAUGUAACUUAAAUAAUUUCCGGUUAUUACCAUAUAUUGUUGUGGGAAAGAUUAUAAAGCAAAGUGUGGAAGUCAAAACAGAAAGUUUAUUUUUUUUUCUUUCACUCAGUUGUUUUUACAAUUUUUUUCUUCUAAACAUAUAUCACGUCAUUAUUCAUUUGCUUGAGAAUGUCAUGUUAUCAAACUCAACGAUGGUCAAUAAAGCUCAAGCUUUCUGACUUAA